GCGUUUUUACCUGAGUUGUUGUCACCUGGGUAGUUUCUACACAGUUUUUGCUGACCACGGAGCUUGUCAGAUGGUUUUGUCGUUUAUUUUGUUGAUGGUUGCUACAUGUAUCUUUGUGGCAGGGUUCUGUGAUACUUCAGUAACCAGGUUCACAGCCAGCACGUUGGAUGUGUGUGAUAGAGAGGUGACUUUGAACAGUGUCAGUGCGUUGUGUGUAUUGGUCUUGGUAUAACCAGUUAGCCUGAUCCACAAUUGAAGAGGUUCAUCAUUCUUUGGGACAAUACUGUAUGAUACUUUGAUGACGUUGUGUUAGUGGAGUGAUGUACAUGCUUUGUUGAUACAUAUAAGACAUUGUUUGUUUUGUGAUCAAGCGGCCUGUUGAUAGAAUUACAGAUGCAGCUCUAGUACAUCCCGGUCAUCGUAUGAUUUGUGUGAGACAUGUGUUUGUUAUUCGUGUAUGUGAAUGAAGAACCGGAAGAGAAUGGGUACAAGUUGAUACUUGCGAGUAAUCGAGAUGAGUACUGGCCUAGACCCACAGAUACUGCUAAAUUCAGAGAUGACUCAAAGUGGAUGGGAGGUGCAGAUUUAGUACCAGGAAGAGAGGGUGGAACAUGGCUAGGUAUUUCUGCUGUUGGGAAAGUAGCUGUACUUCUAAAUAUUUUGGCAUUUCAGAAACCAGGUGCUAAAGGCAGAGGUUCAUUGGUACGAGACUUUCUCAUAGGAAAUGAAUUGUGCGAGGACUAUCUUGACAGAAUUUCGCCGUCCGUCUCACAGCAUAAUCCAUUCCACCUUCUUCUCAUAGAUCUCAAGAAUGAUUGUAACAUCCAUUGUUUGUCUUACUGUCAGGAAACACAAAGAACAAAGAAACCACCAGGUGUUGGUGCUGUGGACAACAGUAAGGAUAUAGAUGUACCUUGGAGAAAGAGAGAGGAAGGAGAGAAAAUCUUCACCAAUAUUGUCAGGGAACGCGGACACAAAGAUCAACAGGACAAACUUGUAGAAAAUAUCAUAGACUUGCUUAAUGAUAAAACACAAUAUUUUCCUGAUGAAAAAUUGGCAGAACAGUAUAAAGAUGUUGGCCUUGUCACAGAAAGUGAUCUCAUAACAGAAAGAAGUUGUAUGUUUGUUUUCUCUCCACAAGAACAAUAUGGGACAAGAACAAACACUGUUAUACUUGUGGAUAAACAUGGAAAUUGUGACUUUAUUGAAAGAACACUUCAUACACCAGUGGAUGUUGAAAACUUGAAAUGGAGCAUGAUAGAAUAUCAGUUUAAACUGAACAGUGAUUUAUGAUCAUUCUACAUAGUGAAGUGAAUAAUUUGUAGACAUUGCAUAUUAUCUAAUAGGAAUUUUAUUGACUCUUUGUGUUCUAAUGUUUUAUACAAUACGACAUUUCUUUCAGUAGAACAGUAAUUACUGACAACAGGAGGAGAAUAUUGUCAGUGGAGAUGGAGCCAAGGAGGCGGAGCCGAGGCUGUCAGUAUAUAUUUCUUUCAAAUGUAGUCGGUAUUGCAGUCCUACUAAAAGCAAUGUCAUAUUUGUUUUGUUAUAGAAAACAGAAAAAAUAGAUAGACUUUUUGAUAUGCAGGUUACACAAAUCAGUUUAGAAAAUGACUUGGAAAAAUAGUUCCAGUCUAUUUAACAUGUUUAAGGCAUUUACAUCAUGAGCUGAUAUACCUUAAGAAUGCUGAAUAAUCCCUGGUAUUUCUGGCAGUUAAACUGCCCAAUACCGGUAUAUUGAGUGUGUGUUUUACAUAAAAUAGGUCAAAUAACAACAGUAGUUUUGAUAUAAAAUGUAGGGAUAUCUAACAUUGAUACAACAGGAGGUUUGCAAUGAGGCAUAAUAGUAACAAUUGAUGAUGACGUUUUUCUUUUUUUAGCUCACUUACUGUGAUCGCUCGAUGUUCGUCAUCCUUCGUCUGUCAACAUUUAGCUUGUGCAUGCAAUAGAGGCUGUAUUUUUCAAUUGAUCUUCAUGAACUUUGAUAAGGAUGAUUGCCAUGAUAAAAUCUAGGUUAUGUUCGAAAAUGGGUCACCUGGGGUCAAAAACUAGGUCACUAGGUCAAAUCAAAGAAAAACAUUGUGUACGCAAUAGGGACUGCAUUUUACACCUGAUCUUCAUGAAAUGUGAUGAGAAUGUUUGUCUGGAUGAAAUCUAGGAUGAGUUCAAAUAUGGGUCAUCUGGGGUCAAAAACUAGGUGACUCGGUCAAUUCAAAGAAAAACGUUGUGUACGCAAUAGGGGCUGCAUUUUACACUGGAUUUUCAUAAAAUUAAGUCAGGAUGGUUGCCUUGGUGAAAGCUAGAUCAAGUUCGAAUAUGGGUAAUCUGGGGUCAAAAACUAGGUCGCUAGGUCAAAUCAAAGAAAAACUCGUGUAUGCAAUAGGGACUGCAUUUUACACAAGAUCUUCAUGAAGUUUGAUCACAAUGUUUGUCUGGAUGAAAUCUAGGUCAAGUUUGAAUAUGAGUCAAUCGGGGUCAAAAAAUAGGUCAUCCAGUCAAAUAAAGAAAACCUUGCAUAUGAGAUUGAGGCUGUAUUUUUAUCCCCCCCCCCUUCGAAGAAAGAGGGGUAUAUUGUUUUGCAGAUGUCCGCCGGUCGGUCGGUAUGUAGACCAAUCCGUUUCCAGAUGAUAACUCAAGAAUGCUUGGGCCUAGGAUCAUGAAAGUUGAUAAGAUGGUUGGUCAUAACCAGCAGAUGACCCCUAUUGAUUUUGAGAUCAGUAGGUCAAAGGUCAAGGUCACAGUGACCCAGAAGAGUUAAACGGUUUCCGGAUGAUAACUCAAGAACGCUUAGGCCUAGGAUCAUGAAAGUUAAUAGGGUGGUUGAUCAUGACAAGCAGAUGACCCAUAUUGAUUUUGAGAUCAGUAGAUUAAAGGUCAAGGUCACAGUGACCCAGAACAGUCAAACGGUUCCCAGAUGAUAACUCAAGAACGCUUAGGCCUAGGAUCAUGAAAGCUGAUAGGAUGGUUGAUCAUGACCAGCAGAUGACCCCUAUAGAUUUUGAAAUCAGUAGGUCAAAGGUCAAGGUCACAGUGACCCAGAACAGUUAAACGGUUUCCGGAUGAUAACUCUGUCUGUGACAGGGUGGCCACCGACUCUGGAAAACAGGGAAAACAGGGAAAAAGGCUAGAAAAAUUCCCUGAUGGAAAAAUCAGGGAAUUAUCAGGGAAUUUUUCAAAAAUUGAAAGAAAAAAUUUUAAAGCCUGUAUAAUUAUGUCUUGGCUACUGGUGGGUUCUCUUCUUCAUAAUAGUUACAUUUAUUUUAUAUAAUACAGAAUACUAUACUUAGCAAAUGCACUCACUGUUAGAUGAUUCUAAAACUGUUAUUUAUGAACUGUAAGAGAUAUGUUUUUGUUUCUAAAAUGGAGAGAAACUAAAAUGGAAUUGAGCAACCAUUGCCCCAGAGCUCAAAUACUAAUACAUUGUACUUUGAUUUUAGGUGUCCGGUCCAGUUUCUCAAGUUCAUAGUUGUAAUAGUGUAUUGAUAUAUCAUAACAUGCUCUUUGCAGGUGCUUAUC